GGCAGUGUCUGACAAAGACGAUGCACGGUUAUAAAUAACACGGACACCUCGCCGUUCGUCCAUCCGGACGUCCACGUUGUCUCAGGCGGCAGCUGUACACACACGCGAGCAGCACACCCAUACAUACCCUUGGAUGCCGCACAGAAAACACCGGCCCGAGCCGCACAGAAACACCGCCCCCCACACCAAUAUCCGUCGGCCACUACCUCGGUCAGUCUGUCGGUCCACCCGGACACACCGUCCCAUUUCCACAGACACUCACACACGAUGCCCGUGUCGCCCGCCCUGGCAGGGAGCGGGCGGCUAAUCUACAUCCUGUGCUACUCUUUGGGGGCUGGCUAGCUGCCCAGCUACGUAUCACGUGCCCAUCCAUGCCCAUCCGACCUCUCUGUCCGUCCGUCUGUCUGUCUGUCUGUGCGCCAUAAGAUAUCGAUCGCUCCGCUCAUCCGUCGUCCUCAUCGCUGUCCUGAUGGGUUACAAAGGGGUGCUUGAGAAGGUCCUGAAGGCACACACACACACAUGUAUCCAGAUGUACACGCGAUAUUUUCUCCACAUCUGCACGCCUGCCUCGCCCACCUUGGCGUGUGGCCGCUGGGCGGCGACCUUGCGGAAACACAGCGCCAGGAAUUCCCUGCACGUCAGCACCACAUGACAUGACAGCCAUGAAGGCAGGCCACGAUGAUCGAUGGGUGGAGUCUGUCUGUCGUGCUGGUUUGCAGGGAAAGCUUAGGCACCCACCUGAGGUCGGGGUCCUCCUGAGCGGCAGGCGGCAGUGGGGGCCCUGUCUUGGUGUUGGAGAUGACCUCGAUGGCCGCGAACACUGUCAUGUUCUCCAAAUCAGGCCUACAAGACACACACACGCAUACAUACACACACACACACACGGAUGGAUGGAUGGAUGAGUGUAUGGGCGUGUACCAUGGGUGAGUGGCCGUCAUCAUUUCGAUGACCACACAGCCCACACUCCAGAUGUCGCUGCGACGACCUGAAAACAAACACACAAACAGAUAUGCACGUAUUGAUGCACACACGUAAAGGGAGAGGGUCAAAUCGACUUACCGGCUUUCUCGUGGACGACUUCGGGAGCCAUCCAGUAGAUGGACCCCUUGAUGGGGAUGGUGGGGCCGUCCUUGAGCGUCGAGCUCUUGAGGUUCUCCACCUUGUGGCACGCACCGAAGUCAGACAGCUUCGCAUUCCCAUUCUGAAGCAAGGAGAGAACGGCAAAGGAUGAGCACAACACACUGUGCGGUGUGCAUGUGUCUUGUCGAUGCCGUGACGUGAGUGGCUCACGCACUCACCCCGUCGACGAGUAUGUUGGCGCCCUUAAUGUCCCGGUGGAGGAUCCCCUUGUCAUGCAAAUACGCCAGACCUGCACACACACCCGCACCAGACCGGAUGCCCGUGCAAUGUCAUGUCGGCUGCUUGAUUGAUGUCUCUUGCCUUCGAGGAUCUCCCGUGUGUACUUCCGAACCAGACGCAGCGGCAGAGGACCUGCAGGUGAAUCGAAUCAGCCAGACAAGACAGCCAACCAGGAGGCAACACAACAAUCACACACACACAGGCACGUAUGUAGGCUGUAUAAUGAAUGCAUGCAUUGACUUGAGGGAGGGAUUCGUGGCGAACGUACCGAAUCGCUGCAGCAUGGUUUGUAUGGAGCCGCCCGACAUGUACUCCAUGAAGAUGACAAUCGACCGCUGGGGUCUGGGCGUGUCCUCCUUGUGCAAUAGACAGCCGAGGUAUCUGCACGCCGGAAUGAGCGCAGGAAUGAACACGGCGCGCGAUGCGGCUCCUUCUGUCUGUCUGUGGUUCAUGUUGACUCACUUGACGAUUCUCUCGUGCUGGAACUGCUUCAGGAACGAUAUCUGCAAAUCCACCCAUCAGCCAGAAGGUCAAGAGGGGAUGCAUUGCACCCACGGCUGUUCGAUCGCUCUUGCCUACAUACAUACCUCCUGGAGCAGGACGAUGGCAUCCCUCUCGUCGGUCAUGAGGCCGGGGCCGAGGGGGAUCUCCUUGAUGGCCAUGAUCUUGCCCUUCAUCGACAACGCCCUGUGGUGCGGCGGAUGGGAUGAGGCACAGUGUGACUAUACUGACUGACAAAGGAGGUUCUCACUGCGUGAGUGUGCGUGUGGCGAUGAGCUUACUUGAACACUUCGCCGUAGGCACCCUUGCCCAGCCGGUCACCUGAACGAACGGUGCACGUCAACACACAUGCACACAUGUGUGCUGUGCGUCAAGCAUGCCGUCACGUGUUAGUACGUGAGCCUACCUUUCCGCCAUCCUCUGAGGUCCUGGUUCUCCUUGUCCAAGUUGAGCUCCUCUAUCCGCUUAGACAAGGAAUCCAUGUGACCUAAGUGACGACCACCACCACCUCCAGCACCACCGCCACGCGGAGCAGCCCGGCCGUCCCUCCCGUCCACAGCACCACCUCCACCCCUCGCACCACCAGCACCUCUCCCCUGCUCCCUGCCAUCCACCGCAUCGGCGGCAGUCGGUGACGGCUCACCACUCCCCUUCGCUGGCACAGCCUCUCUGUCUCCCUUGGGCCUUCUCGACCCUGCAGACCUCGUGACGCGCGCAGAAGGGCUCGGUUGCGCCGCACCAGGACUCCCGUCGCCACUGCCGACCACGAUGUAUCUCCUGGGUAUGCCUGAUGACGUCGGGCGGCCCGGUGGCGGGUGGAUGGACGGGAGGCCGCCGUCUGAAGGGGUGGGAGAGGGCGAUGAGCGGUCAUAGUCGGGGCCGUUGCGGCUCCUGACGCGUCUGUGGUUGGAUGAUGAUUGGGGAGGGAGGUCGGGUACGUCGGGCUCUGGAGUGUCGGACAGCGGGAGGCGAUGGGAUUGCUCAGACGAUGUGGGCCGUCGGGGCUCCACGAACAUGAGCCGCUCCUUGGGAUGAUGAUGGCUCAUUCUGUCGAGCACACCUCCUGACAGAAACUGAGAGAAAAGGGACAGACGUGUAAAUGUGACGACUACGAGCGUUUGGUGUGUGUCGUUCUCGCCUAACAAACCGAUUUUUGAGGUUUG